AUGUCACUGUCGAUACCCAAUCGCCAGCAGAAGCUUGCACGCUCUAAUCAUGCUCGCGAGCCACGUCGACCAAAGCACACUUCGAAGCGUCUGCAGCGCAUGGUCAAACAUGUGAAGCUCUCUGGAGUCGACUACUUUGAGGCGGUUGCAAAGACUACUGCAGAGGAGGAUGCUCUACACUCUCAAGAGGAGGCCGGCGAGUAUAAAUGCGACCACUGUCAAGAAGACUUCCUCAUCGAUCAUGGCCUCGUUUCAUAUCCCGCAGCAGGUUAUGAUGCGGAUGGGUACGAGAUGAACGAUCGAGGCCUUCAUCUAUACACUGGCCUCGACCGAUCCGGACGCAAUCGUGUGGGCACAAUAGUGGUCACCCAACAGUCGCAAAACGUUCUCCAAGGUGAAGCCGCAGCGUACGACGAUCCCGAUUACCAGGAGGACGAGGACGAUUACGAAGAAUACGGCGAGUUCGGAUGCGAUGAUCAAUAUCAUGACAGUGACGCCGAGAAUGACGAUGACAAUGAUCACGAUCUCGCCCUUCAGCAAGAUGAACAAGAUCCACAGGGCGAAGAGAAUGCCACCGAGGAUGAGCAGGCAAAUGGGAUCGUCCAGUUUGAGGAUACAGAUCUUCCUGAUAACCAUGCUGAGAAUACUAUGGAGCUAACGAACGACAUGAUCGAUCAUGCCAUUGUCACUAUCGCUCAUGACGAGGUUGAAGCGCUGGACGCAGUGCAACAUGAUGAUCGGGAGAACAUGUUUAGAGUAUUGGCUUGGGAUGAAGCACAGGAGGUUUAUCCUGGUGCAGGUGGUCAUGAUGAUCGGGAGAACAUGUUUAGAGUAUUGGCUUGGGAUGAAGCACAGGAGGUUCAUCCUGGUGCAAGUGGUCAUGAGGAGCUAAGUGAUUGGAGUGCAUGGUGA